GUUUUCCACCUCAUUCAUUUUAUGCCUUUGUCGGCCAUUCUUCUGUUUUAACAGCUUCUCUUCCUCCUCCCCUUAACUCAUGAUCUGAUCAUUCGAUCUUUCUCUUUAUCUCAAAUUUUUAUUUUCCGAUCUUUCACACAUAUCUGAUAUCUGAACCAUCCCCAAAUCGGAUCCGGGUCGUCCGAAUUGAUACAAAAAUGGCGGCAUCACGUCGUCUCCGUGAUCUCCAAGCCCAGCCCGGUAACAAAAUCUGCGUAGAUUGUUCUCAGAAGAAUCCCCAGUGGGCAUCUGUUUCCUAUGGCGUUUUCAUGUGUUUGGAAUGUUCCGGAAAACACCGUGGCUUAGGUGUCCAUAUCUCAUUCGUCCGAUCCGUUACAAUGGACUCAUGGUCCGAGAUCCAGCUCAAAAAAAUGGAGCUAGGCGGUAAUGAUAAUUUAAACAAAUUCAUCGCCCAAUAUGGAAUCCGAAAAGAAACUGAUAUUGUUACCAAAUACAAUACCAAAGCUGCUUCUGUUUACCGUGAUAGGAUUCAAUCCUUAGCUGAGGGUAAACCCUGGCGGGACCCACCUGUUGUUAAGGAGGGUAACAAUAGCAGCAGUAAACCUAAACCUCCGUUGAGUGGAAGUAGUAGAAAUGGAAAUUACGGUGGUAAUUCUAAUUCUGGUUGGGAUAAUUGGGAUAGUUUUGAUGAUGGAGGAAUUAAUGGCGGUAAUAAUAGUAGUAAUAUGAGGAGAAAUCAGACAGUGAGUGAUUUUAGGAGUGGUGGAGGUUCUAGUGGUGGGCCUGCUAGGUCGAGGUCUACAAAUGAUUUUACGCAGGACCAGUAUGAGGCGUCUGCUGCGAAUAAGGAUAAUUUUUUUGCUAGGAAAAUGGCUGAGAAUGAGUCCCGGCCAGAUGGUGUACCUCCUUCUCAAGGAGGGAAGUAUGUUGGAUUUGGAUCAAGUCCUGCCCCAAUGCCUAGGAAUAAUUAUAAUAAUAAUUCGCAAGGUGAUGUUCUUUCAGCUGUUACUCAGGGAUUCGGUAGAUUAUCUAUGAUCGCAGCCUCAGCGGCCCAGGAGUUGGGCUCAAAGGUGAAAGAGGGUGGUUAUGAUAACAAGGUGAAUGAAACAGUCAAUGUUGUCGCGACGAAAACAACCGAAAUUGGACAAAAGGGCUGGGGUAUCAUGAAGGGAGUCUUGGCUUUAGCUUCACAGAAGGUUGAAGAAUAUGCUGAGGGGGGUCCAAACGGGAAGGACAAUAGCUGGCAACGAAGCGAAAAUGGGCAAAACGGCUGUUAUCAGGAAUUCAGUAAGGAGUCUAAAGGAUGGAAUUCUUCUGGAGGAGCGCAAUCAUCUGGUAGGCAUUCCAAUUCUGUCAGCUCUGGGUCCUGGGAUGAUUGGGAUGGUAAAGACAACAGGAAACAAACUUCUACCAAAGGGGCGACAUCCAGUAAUGACGAUGGCUGGGCUGGUUGGGACGAUGGUAAGGAUGAUGGAUAUGAUAAUUUCCAAAGUGCAUCCAAUAAUAAACAUGUUGGUCAUGGUGGAAAAUCAGAGUCCAAAUGGACCGAUGGAGGUUUCUUCUAAGAGUAGCAGAUGUCACUUCUAGUAAUUCUUUCCCCUUUCAAAUAGAUGUCAUCCAGAUUACCUGUUGGAAGGGUUUGUGACUGAAAAUAGUUUAUGUAUGUACCAUUAUAAAAGGGGUUUGUUAAUUGCCUGUCAUGUAAAAGCAAAGAGGAAAUGCAGGAAACAUAAGACUGUCAUGAAGAUGAUUGUUUUUGUGGUUAAAUUUUGUAGUUACUUUUGGAUUUGUAAUGACCAUAGUUGUAUUAAUAUUUCUGCAUUCUGGUUCUUCAAUUGGAGAUUGUCUUUAAUAGCAUACUAUUUCUUUGUGUUGAA